UGUGUAACUGGAUGACAACGCGAUAUUAACGCGUGAAAUUCUCUCUUCAUUAUUGUCGAUCAUUAUACCGUGAAGGGAGGCGAGAAUACGAAUGGCGUCCGUCGUCAGCAUGGGCCGUAUUUUCCUUCCUGGUCCUCCCGGUGCCCGAAUUGCAUCCUUCCGCGUUAACGAAGCGAGAGAGAAGAUAUCUCAGAAAUUCAAGUUACCAUCACGAGUACAGAACUGGCGGGCAGAAUGGAGCAAGUCGCAAAUUCUUCUGUGCAAAACAGGAUUGAAGACAAUAAUCACACGGAUAAAAAAAACUUAAACCUGACGUCGCAUAAUAAUGAAGUUCCCACUAUUCAGGAGGAAGCACUAUUCACCUGCUCUUUAUACAUUUCGCGUGCUGGCGGCCUUCAAGACCAAGGUCACACGAUCCAAGGUUGCGAGUUGUUACGAUCUCAUCUCGAAGAAGCUAUCGCCGCUUCCGAACCACUGUCGACGUGGCGCGUCUCUGAAACUCCAUGCGGUCUGAUAGCUGUCUUCGCUAGAGAAAAUGACGCCGAGAAAUUAUUGCAACGCGGCGACUUAGCCCGCGUGUUCGGAAGACCUGUACAAGUAGCACGAUUCUCAGCGAGAGAUUCUCGAUAUCGUCAAGCCGUACUUCUGAGAGAUAUCCCAUGGGCCAUACCGCUCCAAGAUAUAAAUUCGGCCCUGGCAAAGCAGGGAAUUGUCGCUGGAAACGUCGAACGUUCGCGGCACUUUGUUCGAGUAGAGGUCUUCGACGCGGGCCAUUACGAAGCCCUAUUACGUCAAGGUCUGGACUUUUUCGAGGUAGCACGUUUCAAUGCCGUUCCGGAACGCUGGUGGCGUGGCAACGGUAAUACCGUAUGUUCCUCCGGUAUAUCGUCGCGAUGCGCACCGACAGACUACGGAAAUAAUUCUCCGGAGACGUCGAAUGUACCGCAAACGGCGGAUGGUGUACUGCAAUGUUACCGGUGCCAGGGUUUUUGGCAUGUGGCCGCCAAUUGUCGGCACCUGCCGCGUUGCGUCCGCUGCGGCGAGCCGCAUAGCGUCGAAUUUUGUCCCAGACCACGCAAUAAUCCUAUAUGCUGCCACUGUUCCGGACCUCAUCAUGCCGGAUAUAGGCAGUGUCCAGUUAGACUGCAAUUGUCCAAUGCGACUCCCGUAAGCAUCACGUUGAGUACAACUCGCACAGGAGGUCAAUAUCCAACGAGCGCCGCGAACAAAUCGAACCCUUCGUGCCAUUCUCUGAGACAGGGUCACUGUUAAAUAUCGUUGUUUAACGAUAGCAAAAUUAUUUAUAUACAAAAUUAUCAAUUUUAUUCGCAUUGUUUAUGAACCAUCAUUGUCAUAAUCUCGAAAUGACGAUGAAAGCGCUUAAUAUCCGUGUUGCGGACAUAAAACAAUAUCGAAAAACGUGAUGACACGAUGGCAAUCCGUUGUGUUAUUAUUGCAUAUAAAAAAUGUCACGGAGCUAUUUCGAUCGCUAAGAAUCAUGUAAAAAUUUACAAACAAUGUGUAUAAUAAUUUAUACAUUUUAUAUUAUAAACAAGCCAACAAGAGAUUUUAAGAGGGUGACUUUUAAGACUAUUAUCAUCUUCUCAAGAUACUGUGACUUAUAUGUACAAAAAAUUUUUUCUACAGAUUUA